UAUUCGUGAGAGUGGGUGGAUCUUCUCUCUUGGUCGGUUGGUCCUAGUAUCGUACGCGGGUAGUGGGUUAGUUCUUUUUUUCCCCUCUAUAAGAGGCUGGUUCUUGAGUCGGGCAUUGUGCUUGUGUUCUCUCUUCCCCUCGUAAAGAUUUGGUUGCGGAAAUCAGCAUUUGAUGGGGUCUAUGCUCGGCGACUGGCCGUCAUUUGACCCUCACAACUUCAGCCAACUUCGACCGGCCGAUCCUUCCAUUCCUUCAAGAAUGACGCCUGAAACUUAUCAUCCUACUCACAGCCGCACCCUUCCGCCACCUGAUCAAGUGAUAACUACUGAAGCCAAAAAUAUCCUUUUGAGACACAUCUAUCAGCGUGCUGAAGAGAAGGAUUUGAGACUGAAGAGAGCUGCGACUGAACAUCUUAUACCCGAGCAUGGAUGCAAGCAACCGAGGGCAUCUUCCUACUGAGCUAUUCUUUCCAAAGGAAUGAAGGGCAUUUCCAUGUUCACUGUUGGGAUGUCUUGCUGCAUUGUGUGGUUGAUGCUAUUUUGGGUGCUUUGGGGCUUCCUGAUAUCGGGCAGAUAUUCCCAGACAACGAUCCUAAGUGGAAG